AAUAUGAAAAACAAAAAAAAAACUUCAAUUUUGAAUAUUGUAUAAAGAUCGCGAUCGAGUGGCGAUUGAAUGCAUGCAAAGCUUGAUGAUUCAUUGCGUCAAUUCUAUUGCAGAUGCAUAAGAAAUCGGAUUUCGAUCAUGUUUCAGAUGUGUAGAUAGUUUGAUGAUUUGUGGCUGCAUUUGGAUUUUAGAGGCGCAAAUGUCUACGACCGAGAAGAAAAAGGAUUCCGAUAAUGUCUCAGGUUCGAACACGAAGGGGAAAAACUCUCAACCGGGAGACAAUAGGGACAACUGCCAAAAUGUAACAACAAACACGAAGGGGAAAAGCUCUCAACUUGGAGACAACAAGGAAAGCGGUCAAAAUUUAACGAAAGCACAAAUGUCUACGACUGAGAAGAAAAAGGAUUCCGAAAAUGUAUCAGCAAACACAAAGGGGGCAAACUCUCAACUUGGAGACAACAAGGAAAGCUGCCAAAAUCUAACAAAGGCACAAGUGUCUACGACGGAGAAGAAAAAGGAUUCCGAAAAUGCAUCAACAAACACGAAGGGGAAAAACUCUCAACCUGGAGACAACAGGGAAAGCUGCCAAAACUCAACGAAGGCACAAAUGGCUACGACAGAGAAGAAAAGGGAUUCCGAAAAUGUAUCAGCGAACACCAAGGGGAAAAACUCUCAACUUGGAGAAAACCUGGAAAGCCGUCAAACAAGCCCCCAAGAAAAGCUGGCGGGAUUUAUCUCUGAAUCGAGUAAUAUGGUAUGUGCGGAUUGUGGAACUCCAGAUCCAAAAUGGGUAUCUGUUAGCUUUGGAGCGUUUAUCUGCAUCCAAUGUUCUGGAGCACAUAGAAGCCUCGGUGUUCAUAUAUCAAAAGUGUUAUCGGUCAAUUUAGAUGAAUGGACACACGCAGAAGUGAAUACCGUAAUAAAUUGUGGUGGGAAUGCAAUGGUUAAUUCAAAAUUUGAAGCCAUAAUUCCUGAAAAAUGUAAAAAACCGAAGCCAGAUUCUUCUAUAGAGGAACGGCUUGAUUUUAUCAGGAGAAAAUAUGAGAUGCAAGAAUUUGUGGACUCCAGUAAAGAAAUGUCUCUUGGGCCUUGUUCAGCUAUGCAGUGUGCUUCAACAAAUUUCGUUGGUGCGAUUAUGGACAAAAAGAACGCGAAUAAUGUUCGUGCGCAUAGUAUUGGUCAAGCAUUUCGUAACAGCUGGAAGAAAAAAGAUGCUGAAGUUAAGACUACUAAAAAAAGUAGUUCAAUGGCAGGUAUGGUUGAAUUUAUUGGUCUGAUCAAGGUCAACGUGGUCAAAGGCACCAACCUAGCUGUCCGAGAUAUGAUGACAAGUGAUCCUUAUGUUAUCCUCUCAUUAGGAAACCAAUCGGUGAAGACACGGGUUAUAAAGAGCAACCUUAAUCCUGUAUGGAAUGAAAAACUAAUGUUAUCAAUUCCUAACAACAUUCCUCCUUUGAAAGUGAUUGUUUACGAUAGGGAUACAUUCAAAGCCGAUGAUUUUAUGGGCGAUGCUGAGAUCGAUAUCCAGCCGUUGGUUUCUGCUGCCAAAGCAUCCGAGAAUUCUCAAGUUGACGAGUCAACAUUGCAACAAGGAAAAUGGGCAGAAAGCAAAGAUGGUUUCAUUACAAUCUCAAAAGGAAUUGUGAAACAAGAAAUCGCUCUUAAACUUAAAAAUGUCGAAAAGGGUGUGCUGCAAAUCGAGCUUGAAUGUGUCCCUCUAACCCAAUGACGCUUACAUCGUAUAAGAAGACUUUUUUGUAUCAUAACUGAACACGGUCAUUAUGAAUCGUUAUGUUGUCAUAUUCAAAUCUUGAAACCUUAAUGUAUAUGUUACAGGUUGUUGAAGUUAAAACAGAUUACGACCCA